UCACACAGUAAAUAAAAGCAUGGAGGGUCUGACUCUCGGGAUCUAACACCGAGCAGCGGGGGGUAAAGACGCCGCUGCAUGCGCCUCAUCCUCACACCAAAACACUGGGCCGGAAAACAGGACGGUGCCGAGCGGUUUUCUGGUAACAUUUAAGCCAUUGUAGGGGGAAGUGAGGCUUUUCGCGACUGACUGGAGCGGGGCAGCCCGCCGUACGGAGCAUGAAGCGGGCGGCUGUAGUGGCCAGGCACAAUGGCCUCGUCUCUCCGCUGGGGAACAACAACUCUGGGGCCUCGAGCAUCGUCUCUCCACCGCAGCAGAGAACCGCUAACGUCCCCGCUUCUGCCGACACCGGCGCCGGCGGUGGAGUGGACGGGCUCCUGGAUUUCUCCAAAGGCCCCACCGUCAAAACUGAGCUCGUCUGCAAAUGGAUUGAUCGAACUUCCUCGAGACAGAGGCUUGGGCGGACGGCGACAUCCGUCUGCGACCAAACUUUCAGCUCCAUGCACGAGCUAGUGGACCACGUCACCACCGAGCAUGUAGCGGCGGGGCUCGAGACCCUUAGUCAUGUCUGCAUGUGGGACGAGUGUAUGCGCGGUGGAAAGGCGUUUAAAGCCAAAUACAAACUCAUCAACCACAUUCGUGUGCACACUGGGGAAAAACCUUUUUCAUGCGCAUUUCCCAACUGCGGCAAGAUGUUCGCACGCUCCGAGAACCUCAAGAUCCACACGCGCACGCAUACUGGUGAGAAGCCUUUUCAGUGUGAAUUUUGUGAGCGAAGGUUUGCCAAUAGCAGCGACCGGAAGAAGCACUCACAGGUCCACACCGCUUCAAAACCCUACGACUGCAAGGCACUGGGCUGCACCAAGUCCUACACCCACCCUAGCUCCCUGCGCAAACACAUGAAGGUUCACGUCAAGUCAUCACCUACCUCUGAACUCCAGGACACGUAUGACUCUCUCCCUCAUCAACACCAACAACCUCAUCAGGCUCUGCUUGAGCCACUUGACCUUAAAAUGAACCGCCUCUCUCCAUCUCUUGCCAGUAGAACCAUUCAUUUUCCUCUACUGUCCGGUCAUGAGUUAGAUAUAAACUCAGCCAGUGAGGAAGACCAUAAGCUGCUGCUACGGAGUUCUUCUCCCAUGGCAGUACCUCUGGACCUUUCUCUGUCAGGCCUGAAGAACCAGCUGACCCAGCAGCAACAGAAUCAACAACAGAGCACCAGGACCCCACGCCGGAGUCAGCGUUCAGUCAACCCAGCAUUACCUCAGUUGUCUAAUAUUAAGGAGUGGUAUGUUUGUACUAGGACUACAGCACCCCACUUCCCUCUGCUUCACCCAGACCACAUCAAAUCAGAACCUAGUGAUGAUGAGGAGUAUGUCACGUAGGAUGGCGGGACUGAAUGACUUGGAUGUGAGGGAAAAGACCUCCAUCAUGAGAAGAUGCAGCUCUGUAAUUUUCUGCAUCAGUGGCCCUUCCAAGAUAGAUAAAGCUGUGAUCAGAUAAGAGGCUUAUUUUCACCUGUUCACAUGCAAAACCCAGCUCAGAGAUGGUUGGUACUUGUGGACCCAGACUAAAGGCUCAAUCUAAGCCAAAAGGGCCAAAAGGAAUCACAUCAUACAUAUGGUGAAAAUAUAGUCAGUGUUAGCUAGCCACACAGAACUAACAAAAAGGAAUAACACUGGGCAAAUGGAUAACACCUUACUGAUGAGCGCUCUGCUGGCUGUUGAAGAAUAGGAUGAGGAUGUUUGUAUAAUGUUGACCUUUGAGAUUACUGAUCAAUCCAACCAUUUAUCUAAGACCUCCACCUACAUUCAAGAUUUUCAAGGGCUAAAUUGACACUGAUAUAAACUGUUAAACAGAGCUUGUGGUAGCAGUGUACACAUGGCCACACAGCAGAUCCAAAACGUCAGGCACAUUAUGUUUGAAAAAGUAUAUAUCUAUUAAAGGACAACUUUGUUUUUUAACCUGUUUUAUUUCUUAUAAAAGUGAGUAUUUGUUCUCUAUAAAUCGAGCUACUUUUGCUAUCACCACCUGCAUUGUAGAUAUUCAGAGAGACAAGGAUCCACCUGAAUGAGCCCUCUGCAGUGUUCAAAGUGUAUAUGAUUUCACUCAAAUCAUUGUCUUGUCUGUAGUCAUAAGUCAGAAUGAAAGUAAACAGCUCCUAUAGCCCUUUUAUGACCAUUAUGGCUUGUGUUAGGCUUUUCCCAGUGUCUAAUGGAUGUUUAUGCUUACAUCUACAUUAUUAGGUUUUCAUUUCAGUUUGGGUUUGGUAAACCUAAUAAUCUCAUCCACACAAAAUUUUUAGUUGUGUUCCCGUAGUAAUCUCUAACAUACCUGCAAUGCUUAUCACAUGACAAGGAGAGCUGAUGACACUGCCGGACACAGGAAUUGUGGCAAAUCACUUGAAUAGCAUAUUUCUUCAGCGGUAUCAUGACAAAAAAGUAUCAUGAUUUUAACUGCACAACAGCUACAGGAAGAAAUGUCCAGGACAGAGCCACUUAUAAUUUGUCAUCUGAGUUGAGUUAAUUAGGUUGUGGUCAAGGCUGAUUUGUUUUCUUGGCAAAAGGUGACAAAUCAGGGAAGAUGACAUAGUUGCUGAUAACACUGGUAUACAACCAAAAUGCCUCCAGAAUGAGUACUGAAACUUCACCAAAUUCUGGUCACUAAUAAAGGAAAAAAAACUGUUAAAACUGCUUGUUGGCUAUAGUUUUCAAAAUCAAAAUUUAAUGAGUAGUUUGGUAGUACUCAAAAGGCAUGUUUAUCUGUAUUCCACCAGUUCUACUUCAAAACUGUGUACUCAUACAGAUGUUCAUUAGCGACACAUUGAUUCUUCACAUUUCUUCUAGUGUAAGAUUUACGAAUCUAUUAUAUUAAUAGACAUAAGCACUGUAUCAUAUAUCUUGUAAAGAUGAGCCAACCACUACUUUUGUCACUUGUUUUCUAAUUCAUUUUAUCAAACUAUGUAAGAUUUGGCACAUUUUAUCUUUGAAGUGGUAAUUUCCAAAAAUGGUAGACCAGUGUAAGACCCGGUCAGGCUUUUUUAAGUACCCUGAAACACUGGAGUAGUGUAGGCACUAGGUGGAAUCAGAACAAAAAUCAUACAACAAAACAAAAAAUACAUAUAGUGAGAAAGUUUAUGUACAUCUGGUCAGAUCCAAGACACUCCUUCCAACACUUUUCCUCAAAGCCACAGCUGUUCCUUUAGCCAGCCGUCUGGUGCAGGCAUCCAGGUAAGGCUUUUACGGGCUGCAGAUAUCCACUGUUAAAUGUAGGUGCUAUAUUGUAUGAGCCCUGGAAGGUAGACAAUGGCCUCAAUAGCCAAUCCAGAGGACUAAUAAAUAUAAAUGCAUGGUGCUGCUGCUGGCAGGCGUUCUGAGACACUUAAUACAGAUUCAUCAUAAAUGUAGUUAAGAUUUCCUGUAUUUUUCCUGUUGUCACAAGCCGUAAUAUCUGCUGUGACAGAAAUAUAUUUUUUGAGUGAAAUCAUGUUGAAUUUGAGUGCUUGGGUCAUUAUAAUUUUCCUUGAAUUCCUAAUAUGUAGGGAAUGAUAGCAAAGUUGACAUGACCUAUAAAACCACUUCUAUGGGAAAUACAAUAUGGAAAAAAAUUUGCUGAUCCUUGAAGGCCUCAGUAUACUUUAAAUGAAGACUAUGUCAAAAGGAAUGUGUGUCUGUGGCUGUUCAGAAUGGCCAGAAAUGGGGCUGGGGUCUGUAGUCAUCAGAGACUGAUGUAAAGAAUACCAAACCAGUUGUGCACACACUUCAGUUUAUACUACAGUUAUUAUUGCACACCUGCCUAAAGUGGACCUGACCAGUUAUAACAUGUUAGGCAAUCUAAAAAGCACUUUGUUUGAAGCAUGCUGAAGCCUUUACUAACAACCAAUAGGUCAUAAUGUGUUCAGAAGCGUUUAGUGACCAUGUUUAAUCCAGCCCAGCAGCCAGUUGAAACACUGCAGAGUGUGAUUCUUCUUUGUACUGAUCAUUAAGUGUUUUCUUAAUGGAAUAGUUCAGCAUUUUGGGACAUAUGCUCAUUCACCAAGUGUGACAUUACUGAUACCAAGUUCAUAAGUGUAUGGUGAAUAUGAAGCUGAUACAAGAGGCUGGUUCAGUUGGAAAAUAAUUUGACUUGAAUCAAAAGAACCCACUUUGCCAAGGGACACUGCAUCAUAUCUCAUUUGAGUCAGAUAUUUUAGCUUCUUUGUCAGAUCAUUUCUCAGUUUGCAUCUGGGAUUUUCCUGCUGCUUUGCAGUGGGAAAGUCAAGGUGAUCAUUGAAGGACUUAGCGUAAUUAAUUCAGCAUACUGUACCUAUUUUGGUAAGCAGAUCCUUUUUUUUAAUCUGCUGCUAUUUUGUUAUGCUCAGCGAAGAGGCCGCUGGUCGCUUUGUAUUUCAGUAAAAUAUGAGCAUGGUAUCAAACUUCUUAUGUCACGUGGGGUUAAAAAGCAUGUCCCACAAUGUCACACUAUUCCUUUAACAUCUUUAACCUUAUGGACCUUGCAGGUGAAUCACCUGUAUCAGUUUACAACCUACUUAUAUUUUAAUAAAGACCCUAGGGUUACAGGAGUUUUCAUGUUAUAUUAGGUCUGUCACUUUUAUUCAACAUUCAAGGCUACCUUUUGAAUGUGGGCAAAAAUGUAAUAUUAAAUUCAUAUAAAUGUGUCUGAAUAAAACAUUUUAUUGUUUAAAAACAA